AUGUCCUCUUUAUUCCCAAACAAAGCAACGAACAUAAGCAUGUCAAGGAAAUAUACUAACUACAAUCGAAUUGUAUAUAGAGAGCAGCAAACUCUAGACAAAGUCUUAAACUUUUUGAACAUAAGCAACCAAUCAUUAGAAUUCAAGCCGAAGAUUCGACCAUUAAGAUCUAAGUCUCAUAAGAAAGAAGAAAAGCCUUAUCCUCAUCCUCAAUUUGUUAUUCAUAAUAAAUGCAAUCCUCGAUAUAGAGUGAAAAGCUUCGAUUUUGAGCCCAUAAAGCCUGCAAAAAUUGCAGUUCCAAGAUCACUGAUACCAAAAAAAGACCCGAAUAAAUCGUCUUAUAAGGUGUUUAAAAUGCCUUUGGAAGUUGAUUUAUUUGAAAAGAAACAGCUUGAGCAUGUCUCAUCUUUUAAAAAUUUUUCUGUUUUUUCUACUAUGAAAAGGCCAGAAUCAAAUGCUGGAAUAAGGACUGCUUUUAGGAAUCGAUCUCCUAUUACUGUAUUAGGAGCAAGGGAAACAAGAACAAAAUCAAGCAAUGAAGUUAGCAGGCCUGCUUUAACUGUGGAUAGAGAAAUUCAGUUAUCAAAAAAUAAUUCAGAUAAUGAAUCUGCUUCGUAUCUGCAAGGUUCUAUGAUGAUUGAUUAUGACUUUGAUAAAGAAAUAUUUGAAGACACAGAGAAUAAGAUUGAAAACACAUUAAAAACACUGCUUACUCUCUUCUUGCCUAGAAAAUAAUUAUUUUUUAUUUUUCGUUUAGAAUAGAAAGGGAUCUUGAUUAUUAAAAAUGAUAUACUUUUAUUUCAGCAGAUUUAGAACAAACGAUUAA